GCAUUUGAAUACACUUCACAUAUAAAUAUUAUAAAUAGAUGGGGUCCAUCCGCAAAUUACCAUAAAACUCCCUGGAAACAUCCCGCUGCACCACCACGCUACUCAUUCUGAUUCUCCGGUGAGCCUAUGGACCAUACCGAGGAGAUCAUCAUCGUCGGCGCUGGCCUUGCCGGCCUCGCCGUCUCCGUCGGGCUUCACCGGAAGGGCAUCCGCAUCCUCGUCCUCGAGUCCUCCGACACUCUGCGGGCCGCCGGCUUCGCCCUCACCGUAUGGAACAACGCCUGGCGAGCUCUCGACGCCCUCGGCGUAGGUGACUCCCUCCGCCGCCACCACCUCCGCCUUCAAACAGCGGUCGUUUCUUCUGCAUCCUCUGCUUCGCUCGUCACGAAACUAACGGUCAAGGAACAUGAAGUGCGCUGCGUGAGGAGGAACCUGCUCGUGGAAGCUCUCGCCGGGCAACUUCCCCACGGCAUCAUAAGGUACUCAUCCAAGGUCGUCGCCAUGGAAGAUUCCGGCGAGUCGAAGCUCCUCCACUUGGCAGACGGAUCCACGCUCAAGGCUAAGGUGGUCAUCGGCUGCGACGGCAUCAACUCGGUCGUCUCCAAAUGGCUGGGCCUAAAGCCGCCGACUUUCUCCGGCCGGCACGCCGUCCGUGGCUUCACCGUCCUCCCCGACGGCCAUGGAAUGAAGCCGGAGCUCAAGCACUACAACGGAGAGGGAUUCAGAGCAGGGGUGCUACCCUGCGACGAGAAGAGCGUCUACUGGUUCUUCACUUGGGCUUCCAACGGAGAGAAAGAGACGAUCCAGGACGGCCUGAUGUUGAAAGAGUUUGUGCUCGGCAAGGUGAAAGCCUCUGAAAUUCCAGGACAAGUGGUCGAAAUCAUAGAAAAAUGCGAGCUGAGCAGCGUGGCAUCCGCUUCAUUAAGAUACAGAUCGCCACUAAACUUGCUGAGCGGAAACAUGUGCAAGGGAAAUAAUAGAGAUAAAAGAGAAAUUACCGAAUCAAAUCAAAAUUAAGUAUUAGAAUUAUUCUAAUAAUUUUGUUAUGAUUAUUAGAAUAAUUCUCAGAAUAAGUUUUAGAAUUAUUCUAUUAUUUGUUAAUUGGUUAUUUGACCGAGUACUUGUUUAAACCCUAUAUAUUGUAUUGUCCUUAGGGCAAAUAGCAAUCAACAACAAGAUUUAUUAUU